GUCUUGCAAACAAUGACAGUAAAUAUCGACGUAAUGGAAAGCGGUUUAAACAAUACUAUUUAAUUAUUAUAUCAGCUGUAAAUAAAAAUACUCUCUUGGCUUCAGACUACUCAGUACAUGUAAGGUACGACUGGAUUCAAUUGGCUGUACACCUAUGGGCUGCAAUGGGCACAAUUUUGAAGCUUGUGACGAGGAGCCGGCAAGUUACUCCCAGAAGCGCGAUAAAUAUACACCGAUUCGUUACAAUGUCUCAGUUACUGGAUAAAAUACCGGACGUGGAUAUCGAUGGCCACGGAAAGUUCAAGUACAUCUUGAUCACUGUGGAAGAUGAGACCAACAAAGCUAGCAAGCAAAUCGUCAGAGGAUAUGCGAGAGCACAGUGGCACGCUGAUAUAUUCGACGAGGUGAACGAGCAUGUCAAGAAACACGGCGGUUUGCAAGCAAAUUGCGUAGGCGGUGGAAGAAUCCAGCACGAUCCUGACGAGAAAACUAUAAAAGUUUAUGGAUACUCUCAAGGAUUCGGCAAAGCUGAUCAUCAAGUGUCGGUCGAAUUACUGAAGAAGAAAUAUCCUGGCUACAACAUCACGUGGUCAGAUGAUGGAUACUAAUUAAAAUAUAAGUAAUGACGUGCGUUUUACGGAAAGUUUUUUAUUAAUUUAUAAUAAAUAUAUUUUUAUUUUAAAAAUAUAAAUGGAAAUAACGAAAUCUUGCUUUGUAUAUUAUAUUAAUAAAAUAUAUAUGUCUAAAACAUGUGUGUCUGAAAUAUAAAUAUAAAAUUUGUAUUUUAGAAUGAUAUUAAAUGUGCUUUAAUUAUUUAUGCAUUUAAUAGAACUAAACUACAAUAUACGCGCGCUGUGUAAGGCAAUAAAAUUAAGCCCGCUUUUAUGUAUUUCUUUAAAGAGUGAGUACAUUAUGUAAAAAUGUAAAUAAAUUAGGAAAUUUCAAAA